UCCAUUCCCCCAAAACCCUCUUCUCCGGCGAAUGAAUGAUCGGAGCUCCGGCGAUAUCUCAGCAAGUGUAGGCCAAUACUGCGGAGGAGAGCGAGGUUGUGAAGAUGUCCAACAAAGGAGACCAGAAUCUUGAAGAUAACGAAGCACUCGCGCUGGGUAGGCCAAAGCGAAGGAGAAAACCCGUCGAUCGUUAUCGAACGGAGGAUUUCCGGGAGAAGAAGAAGAAGAAGCUCCUUCACAUCCCGGAGGGCAAAGGAAUUAAGCUGAGGGGCAUCAAGAAGGGACAAAGAUCUAAAGCGAAAUAUAUUGAAUUUCUCUGGGUUUUUGUGGAGUCUUCAAGAGAUGUUCUGCAGAUGCUAGAAGAACUUGGUGGCAAUGAGUUAUCUGCUGUCAAUGACAUGGAUGAGAAAAUGCAAUUCUUCAGAUGUUUGAGGUAUUGGCUUAUCCUGCACCAAGUAAUUGUUGAAGUGCCACAGAUGAUCUGGGGAAUACCAGGUUGGAAGGUGAUGCAAAUCUUGGAAGGCAAGCUGGAGCCUCUAAAUCUGAGGAUUUCACCAUUAUUUGUUGCCUUGUAAAACUAUGAAAACAUAGAAAUAGUCAAGCUAUUUUUGUAUAGUAGUAUGAGGCAGAUUAUGGCCUUCUUGUCUUUGACUUCUCUAUAUAUAUAUUGUAAUGUUCUCCUGUAAAAGAUGUACUGAAAAAAUUAUUGAAUAAAUAAAACAAGGG